AUGCCAGAGGUCACCAAAGCCUUCAUUGCGAAGCUGGCGGAUGGUCAGGUCAUGCCCUCCGUUCGACUCGUGCACGUACAUCUUGGCGAUGCUCCGACCGGACUCAAGUUCGACGUCUUCUUCGACAACCUCCCCAACUUGCACACUUUCCGCCACUACCGCACUUUCGGAUCGUACCGCUUCACACCGUUCGACUUCUCGUUACUCUCGAAAGCCCCUAAGCUCCGUCGCCUCACGCUGCAAAGCGUUGCCCUUCGACUCAGCGGCCCUCUCUCGCCUCUUCCCAUCACAGAACUCGAGCUGCUUGACUCGAGAUCGUCAGGCGCAGUUCUCGGCGACUGUCUCAACGCCGCUCGCAACCUCGAAGCCCUCUUCCUGACGCCCUUCAUCGACGACGAAAUGCCGGCCCGCCCGAUCCUCGCGAGUUUCAAAGCUUCCCCUCGUUGCCUAACGAUGCUACAGGUGCGCGGACGCGGCGAGCUCCCGGGAGGCGACGAGAUCCUGCUGGGUCGUGUCCUUGCGACAUGCCCGCCCGGCGUCGCCCCGGUCUAUGUCUACACUCUUCGCGACCUCGUUCCGUUCGGGCCGCUUGCCGAAUCGCUUGCAGGCUUGGUCAUCGAGUACGAGACGGACCGCAUCAUUUUCAAGGGUAUCAUCUUCCCGCCGCCCCCGCCCGAGGAGCUCGACAUCGUCCACUUUAUUGGGACGAACCCGCCGAACCUUCGAGUCGUCGCUUUGCCGGCAAAGUACUGCAGUCCGACGCCCGACGACGACCAGUCCGACGCAAACAAGCAGACGACCGAGAAAAUCCUCGCCGCCUGCGAAGAAGCCGGUAUCGCGGUCGUCUACUACGAGGAGCGCGGACCGCUCAAGGUUGACAUGUGCGACGAGAUGAGAAGGUGGUUCGAGGAGCACGAGGAGGAGGAGGAGGAGGAGGAGGAGGCGGAGGAGGACGAGGGAGGCAAGGAGGCGGAAGCGUCUGCCUAG